CAUUUUUUUCACUCAUUCUGUUUUUAUUAUCGAACAACGUAAACACGGUUAACUUAAAAUGAUUAUACUGAUGGAAAAAAUAAUUUUGGUCAUAUUUAUUGUGAUUAUCAUCGGAAACAAUGUAAUCGAUGGACAAUAUCUCGAUAGUAAUAGUUAUGAUAUUUGUGAAACAAAUGAAGAAUAUUUAUCAUGUGGUUCAAGUUGUCCACCAACAUGUGACGAUAUUCUCGAUAAAAAUCAACGACCACGAAUGUGUACGAUGGAAUGUCGACAGGGCUGUUUCUGCAAAAAGGAACUGGUUCGAAAUACCAAGGAUAACCAAUGUAUACGACCGGAACAAUGUGGUAACGGCUCCAGUUCAGCAUAUGUCAAUAUCAAUCUAAUCUGGUUGAGUAUUAUUAUUGCAAUUUUCACCAUUCAGAUUGGAAAUGUAAAUUCAAUUUUAAUUUUUCAAUCCAAAUUAAUAAAUGUUAAUUUUACAAAAUGAAAUAAA